CACGUGUAGCCCGAGGGGACAAUCCCGUUGUGUCCAUGGCCUUCACCAUACACUACGUCAACAUAGUGCAUACAAAAGUACUCUAUUUAAAUUCACUGUACUGCCCGUGCACUACACGACACCAUACUUGACGUCUAUGAUCCUAUCCGUGCCGCAAUACAUGGUGCAAUCGUGAUCGGCUAGAUAAAAAUCGAUCGAUAUCAUAGGGAUUCCGUGGGGGGCCGUCGCUGGCGAGAUGAGAGGGGCUCUAGCCCUGGCUGCGGAUCUAGCCGCGGGCCCUAGACCAGGCCAAAGAUGGAUUGGUUCGUUGCAUUGGAUUCCGAGAUGUGGUCAGGUCGGCUCUUGGCCCACGUUUUUGAUGAAAGAAACACUACCUUUGUACUAUAUGGACUUAUUCGAGGUCGUCAACCAUGCUACUGGAGACAACUGGCCAGAAGAUGUCCAGGAGAUGCCUUGCUAGGCUAUCAACAGCCUCCUAUGUUCUUGAACUCUGCGAAUACCCGAUACACACGUACGGGACGAUAUUGGUUCUUCCUUGGAGUCGAGGUCCCGAUCCUCCGGAACUACCUAAGCAGUCGAAUGCAAUUAUGGCCAGGGGAGCACGAGGACGUUGUGAAGUCCGUGCUGUCGUCAACGGAGAUGAUAUCCUAUUCCAAGUGUAUGAAGCCGAGGCGAACUGCUCCACGCUUGCCCGCAGGGGAAUAUGUAAAAGUUAAGCGAGACAAGGACAGGGUUGUCGCAAUGGUGAGAUGCCCGCAAGGGAGAGGAACAAGCAGUACCUACAUAACUUACUCGCUUGGCGUUUCGUUUCGUUGGAGGAGCCAACUCGAGCUCGGAUAGGCAUCUCGUAUUUGUACUUGAGAAGGGGACUCAGGAGAGCAAGGCCGACCAACAGCUCCGUUGGCAAAGUCAUCUCGUGGACAAGGCUUCAGGAACAGCGGGUCCACGAGCAUGGA